UGAGCUAGUGUGCUAGAAAUUUCUCGUCAUCAGCCGGUUGUCUGCUGAGUGUGGUCAGUGUUCGAGUCGCUUAAUUCACUAGAAAAACUCACAUUUUCAACACUUUUUGUUGUUUAAUUAGUUCUUUAUCGUUAAUAGUUAAAGAAAAUGGCUGCAAUGUCAGUUAUAGGCAUUGAUUUUGGCAACGAAUCGUGUUAUGUCGCGGUUGCAAGAGCAGGCGGCAUUGAGACCAUCGCAAACGAUUAUAGUCUGCGAGCAACACCAGCAUGUGUAGCUUUCAGCGGACGCAACCGAGUCCUUGGUGUGGCAGCCAAAAAUCAAAUGGUUACCAACAUGAAAAACACCAUUCAUGGUUUUAAAAGGCUCCUUGGAAGAAAAUUUAAUGACCCGUUUGUGCGACAAGAACUACAAUAUUUACCCUACAACGUCAUCGCCAAUCCUGAUGGAUCCAUUGGUAUCAAGGUGCAUUAUUUGGAUGAAGACCAUGUAUUUUCUCCAGAGCAAAUAACGGCCAUGUUACUGACCAAACUGAAAGACACGUCUGAAAUAGCUUUGAAAACCAAGGUCAACGACUGUGUGAUAUCGGUUCCAUCUUAUUUCACAAAUGCUGAACGGAAAGCAUUACUGGAUGCAGCUGCUAUUGCCGGUCUCAAUGUGUUACGCUUGUUCAACGAGUCGACUGCCACCGCUCUCGCCUAUGGAAUCUACAAGCAGGACCUUCCCGCACCCGAAGAGAAGCCUAGGAAUGUCGUGUUCGUAGAUUGCGGCCACGCAUCUCUACAAGUGUCAGCAUGUGCCUUUCAUAAAGGCAAAUUGAAGAUGCUUGCGUGCACAUCAGAUCCUCAGCUGGGAGGCAGGGACUUUGACCUGGUUAUGUGUAAACACUUCAGCAAGGACUUCCAGUCCAAGUACAAGAUCAACGCGGAGGGCAACCCUCGGGCCUUCCUGCGACUGGCUACUGAGGUGGAGAAGCUGAAGAAGCAGAUGUCUGCAAACUCUACUCGCUUGCCCCUCAACAUUGAGUGCUUUAUGGACGACAAAGACGUUCGUGGAGACAUGAACAGGACAGAGAUGGAGGGGUUGUGCGCUCAUCUUCUACAGAGGGUGGAGAAGACACUUCAAAAGUGUCUGGAGGAUUCAAAGCUGCGCCAAGAUGAAAUCUACGCAGUGGAGAUAAUCGGAGGCUCAAGUCGCAUUCCAGCCAUCAAGAGUCUGAUAGAGAAGAUCUUUGGCAAACAUCCGAGCACGACGCUGAACCAGGACGAGGCAGUGGCUCGUGGCUGUGCUCUGCAGUGUGCUAUGCUGUCUCCGGCUGUACGUGUGCGUGAGUUCAGCGUCACAGAUCUGCAGAACUUCCCCAUCAAGCUGGUAUGGGACGCCAACAUGGGCGAGGACGGUGAAAUGGAGGUGUUCCCACAGUUACAUCCUGUUCCAUUCAGUAAGAUGCUGACGUUUUAUAGAAAAGAACCUUUCACUAUCAAGGCAUACUAUAGUGGUCCAACCCCAUACCCUGACAACUAUAUAGGACAAUUUAUUGUGAAGGACGUGAAGCCAACUCCUGAAGGAGAAAGUGCGAAAGUCAAGGUUAAAGUUAGAAUCAACUUACACGGAAUUUUGACGAUCAGCAGUGCGUCCUUAGUCGAGAAACACCCGGCCUCUGAACAGGAUGUGAACGAAGAACAAAACCAACCGGAACCGAUGGAAGCCUCACCAGGCGGUCAACAAAAUGAAGCGGUCAAUGGAAUGGAAAAUGAACCCAUUUCUGCGGAGGACGAAGCUGAAAAGAAAGAAGCGAAAAAGAAAAAACAAAUAAUCAAGACAAUAAACUUACCUGUUGAAGCCAUAACACACGGAUACUCCCAGAUGGAUCUAAACAACUACAUUGAACAAGAAUGUAAAAUGAUCGCCAAUGACAGACAAGAGAAGGAGCGUGUGGACGCACGUAACGCGCUGGAGGAGUACGUGUAUGAGCUGCGCGGCAAACUGUCGUCGGAGGAUGAGCUGGCUACGUUUGUGCCAGAGGCGGACAGGCAGGCGCUCACCAAUCAGCUGGACCAGAUGGAGAACUGGCUGUACGAGGAGGGCGAGGACUGCAACAGACAGGUGUAUGCGGAGAAACUGGCACAGCUCAAGAGCUCAGGUGAGCCUAUCAAGGCGCGCCGGUUGGAGUUUGAGCUGCGUCCGAUGGCACUGGAGGAGUUAUCAUCAUCGCUACAGCUGGCACAGAAGGCUGUGGACCAGUGGCGUGCCGGUGACGACCGCUACAGCCAUAUCUCCGAGCAGGACAUGAAUAAGGUAGCAGCCGCUGUGGAAACUUCCGGCAAGUGGCUUCAGGAUCGGCGCACACAACUGGCGCAGUGUCCACGACCGACCAACCCUCCUGUCACCGUCAACGAGAUACGCCAGGAGAAGAAUAACUUUGAACAGAGUGUCACAAGUAUUUUACAAAAGCCCAAGCCUAAGCCAGCACCUGCCCCCGCGCCUGAGGCCAACACAGCCCCGGCCGACAGCCAGAACCAGAACACAAGCAGCGGAGACGCCAAGAACGAACAGAAUCAAGAAAAUAUGGAUGUUGAAUAAUCCUGUCGCUUUUAAACUCUUUACUUAUGUAACGCUAAUUCCACUGACGGUUAAAAGUUGUGAUACGAAAACUCGUAACUCAUUUAUCAGCUUAUUUUUACUGUUUUUUUUUGUUUUCUAGUUAAUUUUUUCUGUUAACCAAAGUAAAUUAUGCGAUAUACUUACAUUGUUGUGUUUUAUUUGACAUCAGUUUCUUGCGGGUCAUUUUUUACAACUAAUUUUGGUAGUUAUUUUUUUAGGCGAUAGUUUUAAAUUGUCUAAUGUACUUAGGAGGAAAGUGGUUUACUCACCUUACACGAUGUAAAGAAUCAGUUUGAUAAAGAUUAUUUAUUUUCAUUAGAAAUGUCAACCGUGAAUUAUUUGCAUUUAAUUUAAAUGAUUUUAUAUACCCACCCGGUCUUUUAUUUACUGCCUGUUUUAUUUGUUGUAAAUAAUUUCAGAUUCAGUGUCUUAAUGUUCCUAAUUGUGGAAGUUUCAUUGGUUAGAUUAAGGUGCAUUGUUUACUCUGUUGUGUUGUUCAAUGUAAUCUCCUUUUGUUAGUGUUAAUCAAUUACAUUUGUUUCUUUUUUUAGUUGGUCCCAUAGUUUGGUACUCUGAAUCAACUGUGAUAUACAGAGUGUUGAAAAGUUGAAAGUGCACAACAGUAUUAGACACAUUGAAGAUAUGGUUUAUCAGCUUUCAGGAUGUUUUUGAACAAUACUAUUCAUGACACAAUAAUCUUAGUUAGACUCAUUAAAAAUAUUUUUUUUUUUACAUUUAGCAAUCAUCUUUUCUAUUGUAAUAAAGCUAAUAAAGCCUGAGUAACACAUGAGCAAGCACUUGUGUACCUUGUGCGUGUACGGAGUUGAACCGCUGUUGUAAAAUAAAUAUCUAUUUCUUUGUUUAAA